UUUGCAAUUCCCGCUAUGUUGUAAGAAAUUAUAUAUAAAAAAAACUGGUGAGAAAGGAGUUAAAACAUUUGAACAUGUCCAGCUGUCUACAGUCAUCGAAGUUUAGGAGAAGUGUUAAUAACUGAAGAUCUGGGAGAAAUGAAAGUGGGCUUGACUAUUGACUAAAUCAGGAAGACACUUGAAGGACACACACUUGAAGACUAAUCUACAAGCCAUAGUGUUUUAGACAUACUGACACUUCUUAAGAUUCAUCCGACUCAGAUUUAGAAUUUCACGUUCCACAAUCGUGGAACACAAUCACCUGACCCACUGCUCCUGAUUGAAUCUGAACAUCAAGCACCAUGGGAGACUGGGGUUUUCUCUCUACCUUACUGGACAAGGUGCAGUCCCACUCUACUGUUAUUGGCAAGAUCUGGAUGAGUGUCCUCUUCAUUUUCAGGAUCCUCGUUCUGGGUGCAGGAGUCGAGAAUGUGUGGGGAGAUGAGCAAUCUGAUUUAAUUUGCAACACCCAAACACCAGGUUGUGAGAAUGUCUGCUAUGACUGGAAGUUUCCUAUCUCCCAUGUCCGGUUUUGGGUCAUGCAGAUCAUCUUUGUGUCCACACCAACCCUGCUGUACCUGGGCCACGCUGUCUACGUCAUCCACCAGGAGAACAAGCUUAGAGAGCUGCGCAAGAAAAACCUGUCAGCCAUGACACCAAAAUACACAGAUGACACUGGCAAAGUUCGAAUCAAGGGCAGGCUAUUGUGUAGCUACUUGACUCAGCUGUUUUUUAAAAUCAUCCUGGAAACUGCUUUCAUUGUUGGCCAGUAUUUCCUGUAUGGUUUUAUAAUGUAUUCUGAAUUUCUAUGUAAUAGGAGUCCUUGCCCAAUGGUGACACAGUGCUUCAUGUCCAGACCCACAGAGAAGACCAUCUUCAUGAUAUUCAUGCUCGUAGUUUCAUGUGUUUCUCUGUCCUUGAAUGUGAUAGAAGUGUGCUAUUUACUUUGCUGUAGAGUAAAAAGACGGCAAAAAUAUAAUGGGUCGGUGCUCUACAGUACAGAUGCCAAUAUUCUAGCAUUAGGUGCAAUAAGUCAGGAAGCUGCAGAAAGCGUUAAGCAGAACAGCGUAAACAGGGACAUGGAAAAGCACUGGACACACAUGGGCCAUGGUACUGCUGAAAACAUGCAACUAUAAAACUACAUAAUUACACUCUAAACAAUUGCUGGGUUAAAAAUAACCCAGUUUGAAAACCAAGUCCAAUAAAAACUAAUGCACCAUAGUUUUUAUUUUAGUUUAUUAGGAAAACACUUUAGCAAGUUAACUGUAGCAUGAUGGGUUGUAUGUUUAAGCCAAAUUGUUGAUAAAAAAAUACACUGACCACAGGUUUUUUUUCUUUCUUUUUUUUAACUUCAAGCAGCACACUUACUGUACAACAAUACAUAACAUGAAAAAAAACCCACAUUAAACUAGGAUAAUAUAUACAUAACUAUAAUAAUGAUUAAACAUAAUCUAAACAUACAAAAUCAGCCAAAAAAUAGGUCAUUUUAUGAUAACUGUUAUUUAUGUAAGAAUUUAAUCUUUAACCUUUGAACACAAAUAUUAAUUCUUUUUAUUUAUUAACACAAUAUUUCCCAUAAACAUUACAGUACUUUUUAGUAGCAGUCUAAGAUCCAAUUCUGUUAAAUCAUUAAAAAAUUAUAUUGCUUAUUAUAAAUGAUAUUUACAGAAAAUAUAUUCAGUAACUUGAAGUAAAACACAUUAUAUUUAUUUCUUUUUUUCUUUUACUUUUUCUUGUUACAAGAUUUUAUCCAAGUAGCUACAGAUAUUGGGGUUGCCAAAUUGAAGUAACCAUUCAAACACAAAAUGCUCCCUAAAUUCAAACUAAACGUGCGAUAUACAGUAUGCAUCAAUAUAUAGGAUAUGUUCAUGAAGUGUAGAAUAAUGAACAAUAUCAAACUGAAAAAAAAAAAAAAAAACUUUCUACAUGUCAAUGGCAUCCAUAGGGGCAAGUAGGCUAAUUUAUGUAAACUCCUCAUAAAAAUGAAGGGGUCCACUAAAAAAAACAACAUAAAUCCAUUAUUAGGUUUUAGUACAAAAUACAAGAUGAGAAAAAGAGAAGAUGUGGUGUGUUUUUGCUUUCAGUCACCAUGGUGUUAAAAGGCACCUCGUUUUGUCUGCUUUGUUUUGGUUGAAUCACUGUGAUUUUUGUUUUUGUUUACAAAACACUAUAAGUCCAUUUAACAUGACAUGUACAAUAGAAUUUUGUCAAAAUGAAUCUGUUAUUGUAUUGUGACAAUGUAAAUUAAAAAAAAUUUAAAUUAACAUGUUAGUUGAGCUUUAGUAAAAAAAUAUAGCAAACUCCAGCAUUGAUUAGGUUUUUGGAGUGGCAUCAAAAUUGAACAAAAGAAAGUUUAUUGCACACAAACAUAAAAACAAUAACUAUAUCAUUUGUUCAGUUUACAAUGCAAAACUAAUUAUUAAAACUUUUCAUGCACACAAA